AUGUCGCAUCACCAAAGUCCGCGAAAGCCCGUCGCCAGAAAAGAAUUGAGCCGCAUGCAGACGAUCAAGGAAGAGUCCAGGGGAGCUGGAUCGCUCUCGUCGUCUCCAGUCGGAUCACCGAGCAACCAGUCCUUCGACCUGAGCUACGAGGAGUUCAUCAAACAGUUCGAGCUGGAUAUCGGGGGUUCUGAUUUGAACAAACACAGCUCACGGAUGUUCAAGCUGCGACAGUCUCUACUAAUCGCCCCAGCUCCCGUCCGCGAUUCGGCGUCCGCCUCUGCCCCUAUUCCUGCUCCGAUCUCAACCGUGUCUGGUCGGCUCACGAUCAGCGCCCCGCUGCCAUGUUUCUCGCAAGAGCUCGGCGGCCGUGCCUGUGUUCAGCAGGACGACGAGUGGCACUGGGAUCGGGACACCGUGCUCCUUGUAAUCGACGCAGAAGGUAUGUUGGCCGUUUUGGACGCUCUAAUCCGCAACGAGACUGGUGAGUGGGCUGCCUCGACAGCAAAGAAGCGCCAGAUGCGGCAAGCCUGGGUUCUUUACCUCGUCGUGUCAAAGGCGCUGAAGGAGAUCGACGGACGUGCUAUCAGAAUCAGGCUGCUGUUCCAUUCACUCAGCAGCGACUGCAUCAAUCACGUAAGAAAAAGCACGAAAACGUUGGACAAAACAUCUGAUAAGAUCAGCAAGGGCUUGAGUAGGCUCAUGGGUAAGGAUGCAGCUUCGGACGAGGUCGGUGACUUCGUUCACAAAAUACUUCGCAGGAUGAUCAACAUCCAACGGAUGAAAGAGGAGGCAUCACGGGAGUAA